CUGGACCAGUGCAUUGUGGGACAGCGGCAGGCACUGGUUGGUUCCGUAUUUGGGAUUUGUACAGCUAGCUGGUAGUUACGUUUCCGUGCAGCUUCCAUGAAGGUGCGGAGGAAAAUGGGACGCCACCGUGCUGAUGUUUCUCACUGAAAGGACCGCACGGAUACUCCCGUUUGAGGUGGUUCAUGCACACUGCUACCCUGCUGCCUCCCAGCUACCGCCAUGCCUUAUGGAACAAUCAUCCAGCAUCAAUGACAUUCCAGUGGGACCCAUGUUUACAACAACCCUUCAUUUUGCCAACUAUUAGCCUCAUAUCAGCUUAUUUCUAAUCAGGCUUGCUCCCCUUUUAAAGCACAAUAUCACAAUUGCAAAUUUGGGCUUUUUGUUUCCCUGCAACUUCUCUCCCUGUGCAAGAGGCUGACCCCCUAUCAUGAGAUUCCGAAUCUACAAGAGGAAGGUGGUGAUACUGACUGUGGUGGUUGUUAUCUGUGGCCUAGCUUUCUGGAGCAGUGGAAGGCAGAAGAAGAGCGACAGCGGGCCGCUCCCCAAGGAAGUGGAGACGGUGAGGAAAGGCAGCAGCGUGAGCAGCAGCAGCAGCAUCAACAAUCAUAUCCAGGUGCAAGCCACCGCUGCGGUCAGCAAGGCACCUGCCCCACCCCCCAUUAUACAUGCAAAUGACACACACCAAGAAAAAGCAAAGGAAAAAGAGAAGAUACCCAAGCUGGAGACGGAUAACACAACUUUAGUCUACCGCAGCAUUGUCUUCCAGCUCAACUUUGACCAGACAAUAAGAAAUGAGGAAAAGUUUAAGGCGGUUCGACAGAAGGACGAUCUGGUUGUGGUGGUUCAGGUCCAUAAUCGACCGGAUUACCUGAAGCUAUUAGUGGACAGUUUGCAGAAGGUCAGAGGGGUGGAGCACAUACUGCUGAUAUUCAGCCAUGACUACUGGUCUCCCGAGAUAAAUGAAGUGGUGGCCUCUGUUGACUUUUGUCAGGUACUUCAGAUUUUCUUCCCCUUCAGCAUCCAGUUGUACCCCGAAGAGUUCCCCGGACACGACCCUAAGGACUGCCCUAGAGACCUUCCCAAAAAUGACGCCUUAAAGCUGGGAUGCAUCAACGCGGAGUACCCUGACUCAUUUGGCCACUACCGCGAGGCGAAGUUCUCCCAGACUAAGCACCACUGGUGGUGGAAGCUGCACUUUGUGUGGGACCGAGUCCGGGUUUUGAAGGACCAUAAGGGCAUGGUCCUGCUGAUCGAGGAGGACCACUACGUGUCCCCAGACUUUAUCCAUCUCUUAAAGCUCAUGUCGUCUCUCAAGAGGGAGCAGUGUCCAGACUGUGACAUCCUCUCCUUGGGGAGCUACAGCCACAUCGGCUACUCCAGCAAAGCGAAUAGGGUGGAGGUGAAGGCCUGGAAGUCCACCGAGCACAACAUGGGGAUGGCUCUGAGUAGAGAGACGUACCAGAAGCUCAUCAAAUGCACCGACACGUUCUGCACUUAUGACGACUACAACUGGGACUGGUCCUUACAGCACCUGACGGUGUCCUGCCUGCCCUCCUACUGGAAGGUGAUGGUCAGUGAGGCGCCCCGGGUUUUCCACGCCGGGGACUGCGGCAUGCACCACAAGAAGACUGCUUGCAUGCCCAUAAGCCAGAAAACCAAGAUAGAUAACAUCCUCCAGAGCAGCGGGAACCAGUUGUUCCCAAAGAACCUCCUGAUAACAAAGAGACUGCCAGCCAACGGAGCCGGGGGGGUGGCCCCACAUGUGAAAAAUGGGGGAUGGGGAGAUAUCAGGGACCAUGAACUCUGCAAGAGUUAUGUUCGAUUACAGUGACCUUAAUUGCUACUAGUAUAUAUUACUGUCUCUUUUGCAUCCUCUAUAAGAAAAAAAGCCUUUUAAAAGUAAAUCUUUAUGGACUACUCUUCAUAUUGCCUGUUUUCUCGGACUGUUCCAAAUAAAAACGAAUGUUGGAUUUUUGGCUUCUUUAACAUAAA